AUGGUAGAGCGAUCAAGUCCCAAGAGUAAUCAACUCGUUGACUUGAACAACCUACUCAAGUUCCAUCCAAUCAAUGCAAUCAGCAUUCGAUUGGACCUACAAGAUGUGCAAGGUAGAUUAAUGAGACACUCUAUAACCGCUGCGGAUGAAAAAGUUUGUCGAAGGCUGUAUGCACUCGCAUCAGGCUACGCAAUUGCUAGAAGACUUGGAAGAACAUUCUACUACCCAGCGCUUGGCAGGGAUAAAUUUUUAUGCUAUCUUGAGCUUGUAUCUCAUGUGUUUCCCAGAACUACCUCUGUAUAUAAAGUUAUACCAAUAGACAACAUCGAGCUGACAAUAGUUCCAUUUGCAGUUGAUGAACACGGGAAACGAACGUGCUGUCGCUACGAUGAUCCAGCGAGAUUUAUGGACCACCCUGCAAAGUUCCUGUUACUCAACCACAGUUUCGCUCAAAACGCAAAUUAUAUGGAAAGCUAUAUUGAUGAGAUACGGCAGUUAUUCUUGUUUUCCGAAGAAAUCCAUACGCAGAUGAAACGAACUUUGCGCCAGCUUAAUCUCGGUAGUGCAAGCGAUUUUAUGUGUGUACAUAUUCGUCGAUCGGAUUAUCUGAGCUAUGGAUUAAAGUCGGAUCUGCCCAGCACAUUGCACGCGACAAAAGACAUCGCUGCAAAAAAGAAUCUUACAAACUACCUUGUUUUUGGCGACGACAAGAAAUUCAUGGCGGAGCUGGCAUAUCUACUUUUAUCAUCGAGCAAUUCUAGUCAAAAGAUCGUACGCAGUUCGACGUUUUCUGAGAUCACCGAUUUCUACGUGGCCCAUCGUUUCUGCAAAGCGUUUUACAUGCGUGUCCCCACAUCGACAUUUGCUUGGUGGUUAGCGUUUUUCUCACGUGAUCAAGACUCCGUAUUUUACUAUCAAAGCCACAUAGUAGAUCAUGAAGAUCUAAAGCCCGACUUUCACUUUGAGAUCGGUUAUAAGACCUUCAAAACCAAAUCAAAGCAUCUUCAAAUUGAGACGUUUUUACCAUAUUUGAUAGAUAUGAGACUAGAUUACAGCUACCAUUUUUGUUGUAUCAACGGACUAAGUAUAUUCGUCUCCGCAGUGAUAUUAUAUUCUCUAGUAUUGAAUCAGUUCUGCAUUUUCGCGAGUAGUAGGGGCAAAUCCAAUAUGCCUGAAGUGGCCAGCUUCGUCAACAGUUCUAUUCCUGUGAAAUACCUAGCAUUAAAACCAAUACGACAUCGAUUGGGAAAUCAGUUGUUUCAUUUCGCCUCAGGUUAUGGUAUCGCAAGGAAACUCAGAAGAAAGCUUUACUAUGCAAUGCCGGGCGAUAACAAUAGAACGUUGUAUUAUCUAGAUAAAAUCACUGAAAUAUUCCCGAAGACUAAAGUCGCGUUUGAGAUUCUACCGCGUGAGCAAAUCAAUCCCGUCUCUGUACGGUUUUACAAUGGAACUAAAUGGCUAGUGAUAUGUUGUGGUUUCUUCGAUACAUCCAAGAAUAAUAAAACCGGAACAAUGUGUGUGCAUAUUCGGCGUAACGAUUUCUUCAGACUUGGGCUGGAAUCUGAUUUAUUUGGGACACUGCAAGCAACAAAAUCUAUUGCAGCAGACAAGGGUCUACGGCAGUACUUGAUUUUCGGUGAUGACAAAGAUUUUAUGUCAUCGCUAGCAGACGAACUUAUCAAAAAUAGCUCCGAAACUCCGGUAAAAGUGGUAAUAUCUACGUUCUCUGAGUUCACUGAUCUCUAUAUAGCAUCAAGAGUUUGCGACGCAUUCCUCCUCUCUGCUGUGGGGUCAACUUUUGGAUGGUGGUUGGCGUUUCUUACAAAGAAUCAAAAUGCAGUUUAUAUUUAUAAGACUGGAAGGAAAAAUGAAGAGUUUCGCUUCAAUGAGGAUGAUUUCCUUCUAAAAACAUGGCACAUUUACAAUGGAGCUCCUUAUAAUUACUCAUCAUUGGCGAUUGCUGGAAUUUUGAUUAUGGCUUGCACACUCGUCGUGGUUGCCUGUCGCUUUGUUUCUUAUAUUAAAAAUGGUUCUGUUCCGCUCUUUUUGCGAGUUUGUUGA